UGUGCCAUUUGUUUCAGGUGCUUAAUGAUAGAGGUUAUGUUGGUUCUGCAUCUGAUAUUUGGUCUUGUGGAGUCAUUCUCUUUGUACUUAUGGCUGGUUACUUGCCGUUUGAUGAGCCAAAUCAAAUGGCACUGUACAAGAAAAUUAGCAAGGCUGAUUUCGCAUGUCCAUCUUGGUUUUCACCUGAGGCAAAGAAACUACUGAACUGUAUUCUUGACCCAAACCCUCUUACCAGGAUAAAAAUUCCUGAAAUCUUAGAAGAUGAAUGGUUCAAAAAAGGAUACAAGCCAGCAUCUUUUACAGAGGAAGAGGAUGUAAAUGUAGAUGAUGUAGCUGCUGCUUUCAAUGAUUCUAAGGAAAAUCUCGUGACAGAGAGAAAAGAGAAACCCGAGUCUAUGAAUGCUUUUGAGCUCAUUUCUAGGUCGCAAAGCUUCAAUCUUGACAGCUUAUUUGAGAAGCAGACAGGGAUUGUAAAGCGGGAAACACAUUUUACGUCACAGCGCCCUGCAAAUGAAAUUAUGUCUAAAAUUGAGGAAGCUGCCAAGCCUCUGGGCUUUAAUGUUCACAAGCGAAAUUAUAAGAUGAAGCUGCAAGGUGAUAAAACCGGAAGGAAGGGUCACCUUUCAGUGGCUACUGAGGUUUUCGAAGUGGCUCCCUCUUUGCACAUGGUUGAGCUGCGAAAGACUGGGGGUGACACACUAGAGUUUCAUAAGUUCUACAAAAACUUUUCAUCAGGGUUGCAAGACAUAGUAUGGCAUCCUGAAGAAAAAUAGUGAAGAAUCAAGAUGCUAGAGCUAUGCACUGGUUGAUGGAAGGCAUUAUGUUUGGCUAAAGCUGGAACAUAUGUUAGUUGGGAGAGUCUGGUUUAAAUGUUUGAUAGGAGAAAAAAAAUAGAUCCUACAAAACUUAGGGCAUAUAAUUCCUUCAACUUUAAAUUUGUACUUAUCAAAAUAUUUCAUGAUCUUUAUUCAGUGGCUCAAAAUAACUUUUAAAAAUGAUAGUUUCCCAAAGAGA